UGUGUUGUGUGUGUGUCAAGCUUCCGUUUUUUCGCUUUCAAGGUUCCGCCUUUAUUUUUUUUCUUUAAAGAACGCGAGGAGAACAAGUCAACAGUUGCUGCUCCCCCCCUUAUCUCCUCCGCCCGACACCCACCAAGCUCUCUCUGAUUCGACGAAAGAAUUCAAACCCCGCCUCACAUUCGCCUUAAAGAAAGAGAGAGAAAGAGAGAGGGGGAGAGAUUUCCCAUUCGCUGCGGUCGCGAAAUCAAUGUUCAAAAUCAAACCUUCCCCCACUGUCCACGAGAUUUCCAUUGUUGCUGGGUGUUACGCGUUAGCUCCCUCGUCAUCCCCCCGCCCCUGCCCUUCCUUUUUCUUGGUCAAAUCACUUGCCACCAGAUCGCGAUAAUAGUUAUCGGUAAUGAUAAUUACGACAACUGACCAGAGAUAGUAUCUGGGUAUAUCGUAUAUCCUGCGUUCCUUCUCCUUCCACAUCAUAGCUAGCAUCAUCUCUAACAUCAUUCGUCUCCCCUUCCGCUUGCUUCCUCCUCACAGUCCUCUGUUUUUGUUUUUUUAACUAAUCCACCGCCCUCCUGUUUUCUUCUCCAUUUGGGAUUUAAAAUAUAUCUCUCUCGGCUGAGCGCUCCUCUGUUUGAAUAGGGGAAGUGUGGGAAGGAUAUGAGUUCUUGAAAAGGAAAAUCUUCUCUUGUUUCGGCAUUUGGGUGCGAUUUCGAUUUGGUCUGGAUUGAAAGAAAAAGAGAAAAGAUGGGAGCGGUUUGUUCGGGGGGUACGGGCAAGCACACGACAGAAUCCUCAGGGGCGAAGAGUACAGGAUUUUCUGGGAAGCUCAAGUCAAAAGCCAGCUUUACCAAGUCAAGAGAGGUCUCUCAUCCGAAUCAUAAGAGCAGUGAUUAUAGGAAGUCACCAUCGAAGUUCGAUUCCGGCGAGCUGCUCUCGUUCUCUAGAGAAUUGAAGCCAUCAAAGCCAUCGACUCCUGCUAGAAAAGGACUUAGCAAGGUUACACCGAAAAAUUCAUUCAUAGGAAAAGCCGGCAUGAUGGGUUUUGAGAGGGCAGUAGAUGUUCUCGAUACGCUUGGAAGCAGUGUGUCAAAUCUGCAUUCCGGUAGCGGUUUCUCUGGAAUGGCUUCCCGGGGAAAUAGGAUUUCUAUACUGGCAUUUGAGGUAGCUAAUACAAUAGUCAAAGGUGCAAACUUACUGCAAUCUCUGUCAGAAGAAAAUAUCCAGUUCUUGAAGAAGGAGAUUUUACACUCUGAAGGGGUGCAGCAACUGGUUUCGAGAGACAUGAAAGAGUUGCUAAGUAUCGCUGCUGCCGAUAAAAGGGAGGAACUUGAUGUCUUUUCACGGGAAGUCAUUAGGUUCGGAGACUUAUGCAGAGAUCCGCAAUGGCACAACCUGGGUCGACACUUUUCGACACUGGACGUGGAAGACUCGGGCAACGAAAUUCUAAGAUCUGAAGCAGAAAAGACAAUGCAAGAAUUGAGUACUCUGGCCCAGCAUACCUCUGAACUGUACCAUGAAUGGCAGGCUUUGGAUAGAUUCGACCAAGACUAUAGGCAAAAGCUUGAGGAAGUGGAGUCUUUGAAUCUCCCUCGUAAAGGAGAAGGUAUCUCGAUGUUGCAAAGUGAGCUAAAACAUCAAAGAAAGCUUGUAAAGAGCUUGAAAAAGAAAUCUCUCUGGUCUAAAAGCUUGGAGGAGAUCAUUGAGAAGCUUGUUGAUAUUGUUACCUACAUACAUCAAGCAAUCUGUGAAGCUUUUGGAGAUAAUGGUUCGACAUCAGUCUGGAAGGAUGCUAACAAAAACAAUGACAAUCCCGAAAGGUUGGGCGUAGCUAGCCUUGCAUUACACUACGCCAACCUAAUAAAUCAGAUAGAUACAAUUGCGUCCCGUCCAGCGUCCCUUCCUCCCAGCACAAGGGACGCGUUAUAUCAUGGGUUGCCUCCUUGUGUUAAGAAAGCUCUACAGAGACAACUGCAGCAUGCUGAUACCAAAGAAGAGCUGUCAGUAUCUCAGGUGAAGGCCGAGAUGGAGAAGUCUCUUCAAUGGCUUGUUCCCGUUGCAACAAAUACUAUUAAAGCUCAUCAAGGUUUUGGCUGGGUUGGAGAAUGGGCAAACAAUGGAAAUGAGUUUGGCAAGACCACAUCUACAAACAACAGUCUGAUUCGCCUCCAAACCCUCUAUCACGCGGAUAAGCACAAAGUUGACCUCUACAUCCUCGAGCUAAUCACAUGGCUUCACCGCUUGAUUGCUCUUGUUCAACACCGGGAUCACAUGAUCUUCAAGUCUCUGCCCCUUCAAUCUUCAAAUCCCAAGGGCCAGGGUUUUCAUCCCAGGAUACAGCAAUCUUCACCGUUGAACUCCGGAGUAAAAACGAAAUCAAUGCUAAUUUCACUAGAAGAUAGGAUUCUCUUAAACCAGGUGUGCUGCAGGAGAAUGGUCCCAGGGAUCAGCAAGAGUCAAGAAUUUUCAUUCUCUAGGAAGAGGAACAGCAAAGUGUGGGCACUGAGCAGGAGUACUGGAAGCUCGCCGACGUGGGAACACAGAAAUUCUAGUCUUUUGGAUUUAAUGGACGGGUUAGAGUAGAAAAACGAGUUCCUUGAUUUUUUUCCUUCAUUCAAUUUAUAGUAUCGUAUCAUCUAUGAUGCAUAGCUCCUUGUAUGUCUAUCAAUGUAUAUGUCCCUCAAAUCAUGGAUCACCAUUAUACAUAUCACCAACAAUGGCGUAUCUCUACUGAUAA